AUGGUACAGGUCCGCAAAGGAAAUUAUGUUUCUAAAAAACCAGUAGUAGUUGUAGAUUAUAACAAAGGAAAAGGUAUUGUAGAUUUAUCAGAUCAGAUGAGUGCAUAUUCCACACCCCACAGACGAACCCUCAAAUGGUAUUUAAAAUUAGCUUUGGACUUAUUAUUGAAUUCUGCAGUCACAAACGCGAUGAUACUGUAUCAACAAGCAACGAACACAAAAAUCAAGGUAACAGAAUUUAGAAUGGCACUCGCAAUGCAUCUUACACAGGGUCAUUCCCCAGUACUGUCAAAUACACCUGUUCGACGAAGAUUGCGGCAUGAAUUGCGAAAAAAAGAAGGGCGAGCGUACCUGGAACGAAAAUUUUGUAAAGAAUGUUACAAAAAAAAUUYCAACAUGUUUGGAUCAAAAAUUGCUAAAAAUAAGACCAAGAAGGUGACCACUUAUUGUCCGGAUUGUAUUGGUGCGCCACAUUUAUGUUCAAAGUGCUUUAACAAAGUGCACCGUUAG